GGGACCGCCGCUUCCCGUCCUGCUCGGGGCCGCCUGAAUGGGGCAGACUCAAGAUGGCGGCGAACGCCAACCCGGCGGGCGGCGGCGGUCUCUCGCUCUUCGAGUGCCCCAGCUGGGCAGGAAAACCACCACCUGGCUUACAUCUGGAUGUUGUCAAAGGGGACAAACUCAUUGAGAAACUCAUCAUUGAUGAGAAGAAAUACUAUCUCUUUGGGAGAAAUCCUGAUCUGUGCGAUUUUACCAUUGACCACCAGUCUUGCUCUCGGGUCCAUGCUGCCUUGGUCUAUCACAAACAUCUCAAGAGGGUUUUCCUCAUAGAUCUAAACAGCACACAUGGCACAUUCUUGGGUCAUAUCCGUUUGGAACCUCAUAAGCCCCAGCAGAUACCCAUCGAUUCCACAGUUUCAUUUGGUGCUUCCACACGGGCAUAUACCCUGCGAGAGAAGCCCCAGACACUGCCAUCAGCAGUUAAAGGAGAUGAGAAAAUGGGCAGUGAAGAUGAGGAGCUGAAGGGCUUGCUGGGCCUCCCCGAGGAGGAGACAGAACUUGAUAACCUGACGGAGUUUAAUACAGCCCACAACAAAAGAAUUUCCACACUGACCAUUGAGGAAGGGAACUUGGAUAUUCAGAGACCAAAGAGAAAACGGAAGAACUCCAGAGUGACGUUCAGUGAUGAUGAUGAAAUCAUUAAUCCAGAGGAUGUGGACCCUUCUGUUGGGCGUUUCAGGAACAUGGUACAGACAGCAGUAGUCCCUGUUAAGAAAAAACGACUGGAGAAUCCAGGCUCAUUGACCACAGAUGACUCUGCAUCACGACGUAUGCAAAACUUUCCCUACAGUGGAGGAUUAUAUGGUGGUUUGCCUCCCACUCACAAUGAGGCAGGUUCCCAGUCCCACGGCGUCCAUGGAACAGCGCUCAUUGGUGGUCUGCCCAUGCCCUACCCCAAUCUUGCCCCAGAUGUGGACUUAACUCCUGUUGUGCCCUCAACAGUUAACAUGAACCCAGCUCCAAACCCUGCUGUCUUUAAUCCUGAAGCUGUGAAUGAACCCAAGAAGAAGAAAUAUGCAAAGGAAGCGUGGCCAGGCAAGAAGCCAACACCUUCCCUACUGAUCUGAGUUUUGUAGAAGGAGGAUGGGAGUCACAAACUCCAGAACUGUUCAUGUGCAGUAUCGUCUUUUUAAAAAUUUCAGUGUCCUAACCACAUGUAAUACCAAGACUGGAGAAGUGAAAUAUCCUUUAAAGAUCUGUCUUCAAACAUUUUUAUAUGUUUGUUAAAAAAAAAUACAGCUCCCAUCUCCUUUUGAACCAAAAUAUCUGGCAGCCUUUUCUUAGCGGUUUCUGUCCUCAGAGAUCUUUCCUCUGAUAUUCGAUCGAUAUGGUGAAGGGGCAGAGCCACACAAUUAGUUGUCAUUUCUGGCAUGACCCUGCAAAUUUGUGUAUUUAGGUGUCGUGCUUACUAUGAGUAAUGUUGUUCCUGCUGGACUUGCUCACAGCAGGUCAGCUGUAUCAGAAGUAAAUGUUUGUGGGGCCAAGCGUUUGAGUUCUAAAACUUGCAAAAUACAGGUCAGCUGUUUAUUUUUUACGUUUUCAAAACUCCACCAACGUGGGAUGCUUUAUUUUAUUUUGUGUUUAUUUUUUUUCAUUAGUUUGGCUACAGCUUGGUGUAAUUUCUACCAACAAAACCACAGCAUCCCAUUAGCUCAUGAGAACGUGCAGCUGAAAUGGACAGGACCUAGGUGGGCUUCCAUAGGUGCAGUGCAGUGUGGUACAGGUGUGUGGAUGGGUGGAGGAGUGCACAGGUGGAUGGGUCUGAGUGUAUCUUGGUGCUAAUGGCACCAUACAAAUGAUGCUUGGAGCCUUUUGCUGGUGGACAGGCACUGUCUGCACUCUGCAAACAGUGAACAACGUGGUAGCAUCAACCCUCUCCCCUGUGAUGAGGUGGAGUUAACCUAGAGGACAAUGGUCUGAAAGAAACUUGGUAGCUCUUUCUACUCAAAUAGUUCCAUUUUUAUUUUCAAAUGGAACUUCUGAGCUGAAAGUGUGUGUGAUGCAGAAAGACACUCUUACAAAUGAGCAGCCAUCAGCAGUGUCAGAAGGUAACUGAAACCACAGUCUGCAGGCUGUCACUGCUAGGGACAGUGGGUAAGAGUUGAGUGCUACUUUGAAUAUAAAUUCUCAGUAGAGAACCUGCCUCUCCCUGAAUAAAGCAGUGUGCAAGUUGGUUUCAAAUACUACGUUUUUCAACUACUUCAUCACUUUUUCCCAUUAAAUAAAACAGGAAGUUUGAUUUGGAUUGUUGCUCUAGCCUUCAGAUCCUCAGUUUUAGAUUUCAAAAUCUGAUUCAGACGUAUUCAGACACUAAGUCUUUACUUUAUACAAGGUAAGGCCAGAGUUCUGCUUUUCAUAGGUUUACUCUGGAAUUUUUUACAUUCUAUAAUGCAGUUCAGCUAUGUAGUGACAAUUCCUUUGUGGAUUAAGGGUAUUUCUCUAGGAAAUAUGCACUAAAAGGACAGUAGUACACCCAGCUGUUCAUCAUGUACAGUACCCUAGCUGCCCUGCUAAGUAGUGCUGUGAAAGUCUGAUGGUUGCUGGAGUAGUGCAGUGUUCCUGCUUUGGGCAGGUGCUCCAAAAUCAGUGUGACUUCCAUGUCUGCAGAGUGAUUGCUUCUGUCAUGUUACUGAGGUAAAAAUGAGCUAGUAAAUACCCCUCUCACAAGAGCAAUGGCUUUAGAGACUGUUUUGUUCACUUCUCCACACCAUCUUCCUUGGCUCAAACACAAAGUACCUGCUCCAUGAUACAGUUGUGCUGCUCUGUGUUUAGUUGCUAUUGAAUAUGAUUCAGUCCUCAGAUGUUCUGCUUCCAAACACUCCAUGCUGACUCUUAAAAUUGUACUCUCUUUAUUUUGACUUUUGCUUCUUUCUGGAAUGUAGAAUUUUGUUUUUCCAGCCGGUCUGUUUUAUGAAGGCAACUCUUUAGGGUUAGACUAGUUAGGGCAAGUGAAAGUUGAACAGAUUUUCUUUCCGUCCAUCUUGGGUUUUUUUUUUUUCUUUUUUUCUUUUUUUAUUCAGGGGGGGAGGGAGGAUGGGGGUAGGCAGGGGGUUGUUUUGUUCUGCAAGUGGCUCUUUGCAAGGUUUUUCUUGAAAAGGGAAGCUUUACUGCUCAUUGUUUUUUAAAGCUCUUCUCCUCCCUGGGUUUGAAUAAGCUCUCAUUAUUUUAGAGCUUUGGGGCCAUAGCUGGCCAGUACAGGUGGGGACAGCGUAACAUCCAGGGGCUUUGUACAAAGUUUGUACACUUGUGUAAUAUGUAAUAGGCUUUUUCACACUUUCUGUUGGGCUUUUUACCUGUAACCUUUACUAUGUUGUAAAUUAAAUGCAGAUUUUGCCA